AUGGCCGACUUCGGGGACGAACCCGACGACACUCUCACCUUCUCGAUUCAAGUCGCUCCAGACCCAAAGGCUACACAAUACGCGCUCACGCCAACGCCCCAGCUACUUCCGAUCUCCGAAGACCUCCAAAGAGCCUCACCCUUUAUCAACGACGAUCUGAGUGGAAUUGCCCACUAUGAUUGCAUUCAAGACGGGAAUGCAAAUCCUGAAAUAGGAUUUUUACACGAUGGCUCUAACUUUGAGUUCGUCCCGUCGAUGAAUGAUGGUGGACUUCCAGUCAUAUCGGACUGGCCAACUAGUCCGUGGGUCCCCGAUGAUUUCCAGGGUCCAUUGGAAUUGGCCAACUAUGGUUUCAAGGAGCAUCAUGUAGACCUAACACCUCCCUUGGACAGCCAACAGGCUCAAUUUGACCAGACUGAACUGCACCACCCUGGAAUAUCGCCUUCUUCCCUCUACAAUACCCAACCAGUCGAACAGGACGAGAGUGCAUAUAUGCCUUUUUUGGACAGUGGAGAGUCAUCGUUCCGCGAGCGAACGGUGGAACCGAAGACAAACGUCAUUCCAAUACAAAAUUUGAAUCGUCCUUCAAGUCUGCCCAGGAGAAGAAGCCGCUAUUCUCUGGGCAGGCUCGGACAGACAAUGAGUCCAAGAUAUAGCCCAGACAUCACAAACUCUCUUGAUCCAAUGCAGAGAUGGCAGGAAUCACCACCGGAGGAUGAACCGGCAUCAUUAUCAGCGAUCAUGCAGGCCGUCAAUAAGUCGGAACAGGCUGGGGAGGGAUUGUCUUUCUGUGAAGAGGUUUCGAACAGAAUCAACAUUUCAUUCCGACAUCAUCGCCGGCCAGCCUCACUGGCAAGUUCUAAGAGUGGCACCAGCGCAUCAUCAUGGCAGUCUUCGGCCUCAACACGAUCUGCAGUGUCAACGCCUAGGAAUUCUCAGUCACAACCUGGGAGUACGCGAGUCGGCAAGAGCAAAAGAAAACCCAAAAAACCAAGUGGACUGGAAAGCGACCGAAUAUUCUGUUGCACAUUUUGCUGUGAUACAUUCAAAAACAAGUUUGACUGGUCGCGCCAUGAAAAGUCCCUACAUCUCAACCUGGGAGGCUGGGCAUGCUCUCCACAUGGAGGUGCGGUGGUAUCAACUGUGACAGGAAGGUUACAUUGUGUCUACUGCAAUUUUCUGGAGCCAUCCCCCGAGCAUCUUGAUGGGCACAACCAUUUCCAAUGUUCUGACUCGACUCGUAUCUUUCGACGGAAAGACCACCUAGUUCAGCAUCUCAGGCUUGUGCAUAACCUGGAAACCUUACCCCUGAUAGACGACUGGAAAAUCCAGGGCCCAACCGUCACCUCGCGCUGCGGCUUCUGUGACCAACGACUCGAAAGCUGGGACGAAAGAGCGGACCAUUUGACCAAUCAUUUUCGCCAAGGAAUGACAAUGAGUGACUGGCACGGAGAUCAUGACUUUCCACCAGAUAUUGCAGCAAAGGUUAUAAAUUCUUUACCGCCUUAUCUGCUGAGCUGGGAGUCAAAGACAAUGGUACCAUUCUCAGCAUCAAGUAGGAGUGCCCAGGAUCACCUAGCUCAGAUCUCUGCACGGGCGGAUUGGAUUGUUGCCAAUGCGAGCGCUCAAAAUCCAAAUGAACCAUCAGCCGUACCGGAACCUCCAUUGCAAUUGGCGCCGAGGGGUGAGACAAUGGUGCCAUUGAAUACUUUUACAGGUAUCUUGACACAACACCUCAGCCGCUAUGCUCGUCAGCAAAUGAGUCUUGGUAUUAUUCCUACGGAUGAGAUGUUCCAACAGGAAUCGAGGAAGCUACUUUAUGAUUCGGAGGACUCUUGGAACCAGUCGAUUGCGGAUAAUCCUGCCUGGAUUUCUGCAUUCAGACAACAACUCCAAGUCCAUCCCAACAAUGGUGCAACGGGAGGAACUGAUGAUAUAGAAGCUACGAUGGCUGGGUUUAGCGUCAAGCAAUAA